CUCAGCACCAAUCCCCAUUUAAACACCACCACAAAGAAUUACAUGAAUUACUCACAGGGCCAUACCCAAGAAUAUUCCUGUGGGGAGCCGAAAGCAUGGAACACCACCAUUUCGUACUCGUACACGGCGCCUGCCACGGCGCGUGGAGCUGGUACAAGCUCAAGCAUCGGCUUGAGUCGGCCGGCCACCGCGUCACAGCCCUCGACCUCGCUGCCAGCGGCACCAACGAGAAGUCCAUACACGACGUCCGCACGUUCUGCGAGUACACCGAGCCGCUGCUGGAGCUCAUGGCUUCGCUCGGAGUGCACGAGAGGGUGAUCCUCGUCGGCCACAGCUUGGGCGGCUUGAGCUUGGCUCUAGCCGCCGACAGGUUCCCGGAGAAGAUAUUGGUAGCUGUUUUCUUGGCGGCUUUCAUGCCGGACACCGCACACCCGCCGUCAUACGUCUUGGAAGAGUAUUGUGCAAGGGCUCCGGAGGGAGCAUGGCUGGACACCCAAUUCGCACCCAUGGGAGAGCCUGACAAACCCGUGACAUCCAUGUUCUUCGGCCCCGCCUUCUUGACAUCCAAGCUCUACCAAUUGUGUCCUCUUGAGGAUCUGGAACUUUGCAAGAUCUUGACGAGGCCAGGGUCGUUGUUCCUGGAAGACCUGAGAGCUUCGAGGAACCUCACCCGCGAAGGGUACGGGUCCACGACUCGGGUCUACGUCGUGUGCGGACAAGAUCUGGGGAUACCUCUAGAGUUCCAACGGUGGAUGAUCGCCACCUGCGGGGCCGACCACGUCGUGGAGGUGGGCGGCGCCGAUCACAUGGCCAUGCUCUCGAAGCCGCAGGAGCUUUGCAAUUGUCUGCUGGAAAUUGGGGCCAAAUACGCACGUGCCUAAAGUUUGGUUUUGUUGUUUUUCAAUUUCAAGCACGACGGUGUAUGAAAAUACUU